AUGCAGCGCAAAGUCACUGAGUUGGCAAGAACAGCAGCCAAAGCAGGUCUUGCCAUUAACAAAGACAAAACUAAGGUGAUGCAUAUAAAUAAUUCAAAAGAAGACUGUAUCAUUCUGGAUGGGGAGAAGCUAGAAGAGGGGCUAUUGGAGAUUAAGACAAAGCAACUGAAGAAGAACCAAGAAAAGCUGCAGAAGAAGUUGCAGCAGCUGUCUGCCAGCGAGAAAGAAGUGGAGGUAACAGUUGAAAAGGUGAAGAAUUCUGUGAAAGCCAUGUACGGAGAGAUGCGUGCGCUACUAGAGCAGGAUGAGCAAAACACAUACCGAUUGAUCGAGGCUGAGCACCACAACAUGCUGCGCCAAAUCCACAGCCGGGUGAAUGGGGGGUUCAACUUCAUCGAGGCUGCCAUGAACGUGGUUGAAAACGUGGAGCACAUGGACAAAUUACAGCUCACUGAUUGCGAGAGCAUCAACAUACUGAUGGAGGUCAACUCAAUGAAAAUCAGUGUUGAAGUGUUCGAGGCCAUACAUAAAUCUUUUGGGAAGGACAUCCAAGUUGACAACAAGAGGCUGAAAUCACUGGAGAAUUGUGUAGAUGAAAUCCUGAAGAGCACCAAGAAAUUCCUGCCGCGGCCUUGGCAAUACUCAGAGAACAUCACGUUCGAUGAGAACACCGCUCACAGGAACCUGAGAGUCACAAAGGACCGGCGAGAAAUAAGGUUUGUAUCACAGGCCCAGAGCGUCCUGGAAAAGCCAGAGAGGUUCACCAAGACCCCUAAUGUCAUGGCAACCCAGAUCUUCUCCAGCGGUCGCCACUACUGGGAGGUGAUGAUCAAGGGCAAAGAAAACUGGGGCGUUGGGGUGGCCUACCCCACUAUGCCACGGACUGGGACCAGGAAAGACAUGACGUUAGGUUUCAACAAGGAGUCCUGGGUGUUCCAGUUCUGUGACGGAGAAUUUUACGCCAUGCACAAUGGAGACGCGAUCCACCAGAUCUGCGAGAAGUUUCACCGUCUUGGGGUCUUCCUGGACUAUGAAGAUGGGAAGCUAUCCUUCUAUGCGGUGGACAACUUCUGUCUGUUGUACACCUUCAGAACCAAGUUUCGCAAGCCAGUCACCCCUGCCUUCAAGUCGUAUGACAAGUCGAGUACCUGGCCUAUGGUAUUGUGUCGCAUGCUGCCAGAGCCUAAAGAGCCUGUGCCUGAUAUCGGCGAGCCUAAUCUGAUAAAGGACGAUUCCGUUAGCUAUUUCAAUGAGAGGCUGUGAGUGAAGUAGCCUGUAUGGUGUGCAAAGGCAACCAGUGUUAUGGUGCUCCAUGUUAUGGACAGGGGCUCCAUGUUAUGUUGUAUUACAGAUGUAAAUAAUGUGCACAAAAAUAAUUGUGUCAUCUUUACAGGAAAUGUAUUACCAAUAUAUAUAUAGGUGAUGCCAGGAGGGUGACUAAACCAUCUCUCUUAACAUGGGUUGGCCAUUUUAUGUCUAAAUUACCCAUUGGUGUAUGCUGGGCCAGCUCCUAUAGCUGCAGGCUCAGCAGCCACAAGUAGCUGCCCCAGCUGCUCUGAAAUAAAUAACCUACUAUGCAGCCUUAUGGUUGAUAAAUGCUGCUAGUAUUACUUGUAAUACAUGAGAAAAAUCUUGUAAA